GUACCUGAGCAUUUCACAGGCAUUUACUUCAAGCCGAAGGCGCAUAAAGACGCCGUAUGAGAUAACCAGCACACAAACGCCGCCAAGAUUUUGGAUUCUUACCCAAAAAAUGCAAUCUUUAACCGCCUCUUUGCUCCCAGCUCUCCCUAUAUAGCUUCGCCCUUGGCCCUACAAUUUUCUAAACCUGCCCUAUUUUGAUCGGUCCGAUUCAUCUCCUUUUUUAAUUAACUUUUCCCUGUUUUCAUUCUGCAGUUCGACUUUUUUUAUUUAUUUUGUCACCUCUUUACCAUAUCAUCCUUGACUCCUGAAAGCCACCUCACCAUGGCACCAAACUUAGCCAUCGACUAUCCCUACAAAUGCAGGCCAUCCACUCUCUUGAACUCUCUUUUCAUGUCCACACUGAACGUGGCCGCGAAAACGCUUGUUUCUGUGGCAUCAAACUUGAAGAUAGAGCAAUCGGAGAAGUGGAGACCCAGUGACCAUUUGAGGUUUGUGGUCAUGUUAGUGACAUGGGUCACCGUCUGGGUUUUUAGGGUUUUGAUGGAUCUUUUCCCUAGUGUUAUGACCUUCUCUCCAAACUAUCUUCUUCUUGGACGCCCCUCGUCAGUUGGAUCAUCCACUUUCGCACUUCCAGCUCCAUCUUCAUCGGCAACAGCAUUACCAGCUUCUGCUGCUUCCUUGGAUUUGCUUCUGCAAGAUGAUUUUGAUGGACCUUCAGUUCAGGCUCUCGGUAGGGCGCUCACACAUAUCCUUGCAUUGAUGAACGAGAUACCAGCCACUUCAAGAAAAUACCAAUUUGCUAUGGCGAUGGGUGACCAGAUCAUGAACGGAAACUCCAGAGUCGGCCACGUGUAACUCCUACAAGUCAAUCGGACGGCUCUGUCUUCAGCAUUCGCGCUUACGUUAAGCCUUCUUUACCGAUCCAUCCAACAGCCACAUGCCUCAGAUGGUUCAGGCGCGUGGAUCUCACGGUUCAUAAGGGCAUUGCCACUGGGGUCUUACAUAUCAUCGUACUUGAAGGGGUUGAAUUGUUGCAUAAGAAGUGUCACACAAACGGUGCGUAAAGGCACAUUGGCUUUGCUAUUAGAAAAGAACAGUCAAUUGGACGGCGGCGGCGUCGUUUAUGAGAGAGCGGACGAUGUGGUGGCGGAGAAAUUGGCACAGGAACUGCUUUGGAUAACGAACAAAUUGAGGACCUAUGGGGCAUUGAACGAGGCUAUGGUGCAAUGGAGUUACGCCUCUUCUCUUGCUUCCCUCGCUUUCUCCGCUAAUCCCAGAGUCCAGGGUUACAUUGUGAAGAUCUCAGCUAUAUUAAUUGGAGAUCUCUCAGGCAAUAACAAGGUAGAAGUUUCAACACAAGUGAAGUUCAGAUUGUUAGUGCUUUGGAUUCCACUGAUUUGCUAUGCAAACAAUGGAUUGUCCUAUCCUUUCUUGACGAGCUUUGAAAAAGAUAGAAGCAGAAAGAGCAAUGAAUGAAGCCAUUUCCACCUUACCUCCAAUGGAUCAAGAAGUUUUCCUCAUAAAUUGGUUACAAGAUUUCACUUUGUGUGCCUCAGAUUGGCCAAAUCUGCAAGUUUCUUAUGACCGGUGGUGCAGAUGCAAUCGUCAGCUUGCUCAAUGAGUUUAUAUAUAUAUA